AUGGGGAAAGAGAAGACGCACCUGAACCUCGUGGUGGUCGGCCACGUCGACGCCGGCAAGUCCACCGCCACUGGCCACCUCAUCUACAAGUGCGGCGGCAUUGACAAGCGCACGAUCGAGAAGUUCGAGAAGGAGGCGGCCGAGAUCGGCAAGUCGUCGUUCAAGUACGCCUGGGUGCUCGACAAGCUGAAGGCCGAGCGCGAGCGCGGCAUCACGAUCGACAUUGCGCUCUGGAAGUUCGAGUCGCCCAAGUCCGUGUUCACGAUCAUCGACGCCCCCGGCCACCGUGACUUCAUCAAGACAUGA